GUCAAAUUUAAACUAUAAUCAGAACAAUAAUGGAACAGGAAAGCACGAAUUACUUGUUCACUGCCAUUGGGCAAUACAAGUCUGGGCAAACUGCCAAGUCGCCGAAACUUCCUUGUAAACUGAACUAGGCUCAUCGCUGGGUUGGGAUGCUGGAAGGAUAAGGACCAGCUGUUGAUCCGACGGGAGUUCAGUCAUGGAUGGAGAAGGGUGAAGAGGAAGAAAGGAACUGCCAUGUCAUUGUGGAGGUCAGCAGAGUGCUCUCCCAGCCCAGAGAGGAGAACAGGUGAUGCGAUGCGCCGGUGACGCCGACAGGAACACAGGACUAGUUUUUCCACGCGCACGGCUACACUUGACUCCACCGGCAAGUUGGCCAUGGCCACCCACCGCCCCUUUUACUAGUUCACGGCCACGCCCGCGGUUUCACUGCUCCCGGAAACGCGUGUGCGGAGAAGCGCAAGCAACAGCAACCUCCUCGUUCGUUCCCACCGUCGCCCUACUGCGUCCCCUCAUCCCCGGCCCGAUGCCACCUGAUCUGCUGAAGCAACCCUGCCCCGGCAGCGACGACACCGACGACUACGACUGCCCUUCUCCUCCCCCUCCCUCCUCCGACGGCAGCCGCCACCUGGUAACCCCGCUCGUGGUCACCGCCUCCGUCGUCCUCUUCCUCUUCCUCGCGUCCCUGUCCAUCUACUGUUUCAUCCGCCGCAGGAGGCUCCGGCGGCAGCAGCAGCAGUCCCUUCUCGCCGGCGUCCAAGCAGACGGCCCCCAGCCGGCCGCCGCCGCCGCGACGGACGUCGAAGCCGGCCCUCCAGAGGACGAGGUCGUCCACCACGCGUGGCACAUCCGGACCGUGGGGCUCGACGAGGCGGCGAUCGAGUCCAUCGCGCUCACGCGGUACCGACCGGGCACCGUGCCGGGCGCCGCCGACUGCCCCGUCUGCCUCGGCGAGUUCCUCGACGGCGAGCUCCUCCGCCUGCUCCCCAGGUGCGCCCACGCCUUCCACGCCCCCUGCAUCGCCACCUGGCUCCGCGCCCACGUCAACUGCCCGCUCUGCCGCGCCCACGUCGUCCUGGACGACGACCCCGCAGCUGGCGCCGCCGACUCCAACGCAUCUCCUGCCGACGCCGAACAGGUUUCCGGCGACGCUGGAACCUUGGGUCACGAGCAGCCGGGUCAACGGCAGGAAGAGCUGCGCGUGCAGAUCGAUCAGUGCGACCAGUUGAGCUCGCCGGAGCCGCAGCGCCGGAGGACGCGGGAUUUUCGCCGCGUAGUUUCGAUGGAUCCCUCGGUAGUGUCCUCCGGACAGGUUCCUCAAGACAAGAACAGCAGCAAAGAAAACCAGGGGGACGGCGGUGGCGCCGCCUGCUGCGAGCUGCCAUCGGGCUCCGGACGUCUGUGCCAGAUGAAGAGGUCGUUGUCCGGCGGUGCCCGGUGGUCCCUCGGCUCGCGCCAUCGCCGGGCGCGCAGCUCCUUGCUCCCGUCCUGAGUUCCUUCCUGAUUAUAGCGGAAAUAUACCAUUUCCAUACGCUGCGUGUGCUUUGUACUCUUCAUGGAACGGAUCUCAUCGUGCUUGCCAAGUGUCUGCCUUUUCUUGAGCUCGAGCAUAUAUAGCUGGACCGCUAGUUAUGCAGCUCACAUAGACUGCAGACUGCACCUCUUUUUGUGAUUCUACCAAACAUUUUCACAUGUAGCAUCAACAUUUUAAUUAGUAUUCACAAACCUAUCUCACAAUA